AUGGAUGCAAAUUCAUUUCUAUCGCCGGUGUCUGCGUUGGACCACCACGUCGUGGAUAACAUGUUCAACGAGCUGGUGGCGAUGGGCCCCGUAGACGGACACUCAUCAAUGGCGACGUAUACCAGCGUCUUGCAAUCGCCAAAGCCCCACGAUGAGCUUAACCGCCACUGGUUCGUCGACUUCAAGAUUGCGGUAACCCACUUCGGUGUGAAACUGCCAGACCCUCUCCAAUCCCCCGUUGGCGACGGUGUAACCCUUGCGCAGGCCACUGCCGCAAGCAAGAUCCACGAAGGCUACCUCGAGGGGGAGGGAUUCAAUGCACCGGGCGGGCCCCAUUUUGUCGAUGCCACGAGCACCAACAUUGGCCAACCGUCGAGAGAGGAGAAUGAGCGUCCAAACUCCGACAUCGCUGCAACGGAGGAGGCGCAUCCAAUGUUGACGGCACAGCCAAUUCUUGGAUUGGACAUAUGGAGCCUCGACGCUACUAUCACAAACGUGAAAAACGCCGGCCUCGACGAGCCGUUGAAAGAGGAAAGAGGGCCGGCUCCUCUCAGACUUCCUACACACCCAGCCUCAACUGUUGAACCAGACCGUGCCGUACGCGGGACCAGCCGUGGUAGGAACAUCAAAAGGAAUGGUGUCGGCGCUACUGUUACGAUCGCUAAUAUUGGCCAGCUGUCGAGAGUUCAACAAGGCCAGGCUUCAACGAAGCGUAGCCUCGACACAACCGACGUCAGAAAGUUGGCCCCGCAAUCAAAAAAGCAACAGCAAGGUUUCCUUUUGAGAGUUCCGACAUCCGUGCUUGAGGAGGAGUAUCUACCCUCCCAGGCAAGACAACAGUCCCAGACCCCGACUGUAGCUCCUGUACCGCAAACCCCCGCCCAAGCCAAAACGAGACCCGAGUUUGUUGACAAAUUUUGCGGCAACAAGGACUGUGGAAAGCCCGGCCACGAGCUGGCCGACUGCUUUGGGCCGCCGUCCAAUAUGGGCGAUAUUGAUGGCUGCCCUUUCUGCAACACCCAAGAGCACGUACUCGACAAUUGCCCGCUUCUCCCUACCGUUACAAAGGAUCAACUCUUUGACGUCUUGGUCACGCGCCGGGCAAACCUACCGCUGAUCCGGACUGCCAUCUCCUUUCUCAACCUGGCAGCUUUCACCAAGAAGCUUGAUCUGCUAGCCAAGACCAUGCCACUUCAGAGACGCACGGCCAGAUGGGCCUACACCGAGCUUAAGCCAAUUCUCAUGGGAAAGCUGUACGAGAACUGGGAGACACUCGUCAGCGGCACUACGAGACUUGACAGGGACAUCAAGUCUGUACCGGAUAGUAUAACCGUCUUCAAAAGGAGAUGGACGCAUGAGCUGGUGCCGUAUAACCCGGUUUAUUUUGCCGCUGGGAUCAACUGCCAAUAUGGGCCCAAGGAAGACUUAACCAUUGUCCAAGAAAGACACCGAGAUAUGGUUCAGGAGCGCCUCUUUUGUUUCCUGAAGGAGCGUUAUGAGGCCCAGCCCAGCAACAGCAGCGAGAAGGAGGGCGUUCGGGAGCAGGAGAAGGGGAAGUAA